AUGUCCUCCCGUUACGACAAGGUCGAAGUUCUCGACUACACCAAGUCGACCGUCUUGUACAACGCACAGAUUCAAAAAUCCAAACCGCAAAUAUCCAUCUUCCGCCCAUCAGACGGGAUGCUAUGCGAAGAGCUAGUCGCGCUCGUCACGUUCCACAAAUUAUCAUCAGACAUUGGUAUUCAAAUGCGCGAUGGCCGGCAGCUCAACAUGAAGCGCAAACAUAUCCUGUCAAAAAUCUCCAGGGUCGAAAAUGCGACAUUCGAAUGGAGCUGGAAAGGGAACAACUUAAUAUCUGGCAACUUGCGACUAAUAGAUGACGAGAGCAAUACUGUCGCGAAAUUGAUAGAGGCGUCAUCGUGGUCGAGGAGAGGAUUGGGGUAUAUUGCUAUUUCCGGACAUUUCAGUUCGUCAAUCAUUGACGAAAUAGUCGUGACUGGACUUGCCAAGCUGGGCUAUCGGCUACUUGGUGACAAAAUGCUGAAUUGA